UUUAUUAAAAAUGACCACAGCACAAAAGAAAUCUAAACCAAUUUUGAAAGAAGUCCCAGAUUUGGUUUGUGAUGCAACAACAAAGCAAACUUAUACAAAAGGAAAAUUUCUUGGAAAAGGAGGAUUUGCGCGUUGUUACGAGCUGACCAAUAACAAAACAAAAAUUGUUUAUGCUGGAAAGGUGGUGUCCAAAACUCUUUUGAUAAAGAAACAUCAGCGUGACAAGAUGAAACAAGAAGUCCAAAUCCAAAAAAUGCUUUCACAUCCAAACGUUGUCAAAAUGGAAGGAUUUUUUGAAGAUGAAGAUAAUGUUUACAUUCUUCUCGAGCUUUGUUCACGUCGUUCCCUUAUGGAGCUUCACAAAAGGAGAAGGGCUGUGACUGAACCUGAAGCUCGUUAUUUUACGCACCAGAUUGUCCUCGCUUGCCAUUAUUUACAUUCAAUGAGAGUAAUUCACCGAGAUCUCAAACUUGGGAAUUUAUUUUUGAAUGAAGACAUGCAAGUCAAGAUUGGGGAUUUUGGCUUAGCUACAACUCUGAAUCAUGAAGGAGAGCGUAAAAAGACUUUGUGUGGAACACCAAAUUAUAUUGCACCAGAAAUGCUUGACAAAAAGGGACAUUCUUUUGAAGUUGAUGUUUGGGCUAUUGGGUGUAUUUUGUACACGCUGUUAGUUGGAAAACCGCCGUUUGAGACAGAGACGCUUAAGGACACCUAUAGCCGUAUCAAGAAUAAUCAAUACACCGUUCCACCAAGAAUUGGAAAGGAUGCUACAGCAUUAAUUUCAAGAUUGUUAGCUCAUGAGCCUUGUAGACGACCAAAAAUUGACGAAAUUCUUAAUUUUCCAUUCUUUACUGAUGGAUUUUUGCCAAAAAUUCUCCCAAGUUCAUGUCUUACAAUGGCACCAAAGUUUAAUAUGCAAGCAGUUAGUGGUGGUCAAACAUGUGCGCCUAAUUCUUCUGAUGUUCAACCAAGUCCUCGGUCGAAGGGCCCAGCCUUUACUGGCCGUGCUCCUCUUGCACCAGUUCCUGAAGCUAAGGAAACACCACCUAUGGUCACACAUAAACAGGACAAAGCUGCAGUUCUUAUUACGGAAAUGCCUGCUGGAGAAAACAAUGGCGUUCCACAAGAUUAUUAUCUUUCUGAUCUGUAUGCCCAGUUAUGUUCACUUUUGAAUACCAACACUGAAAGAUUCAAUGAAGCUGAUAGAGGAGAAAUUGAGCAUCCAGCUUCUACCCCAAUUUAUUGGGUCUCUCGUUGGGUUGACUAUUCAGAUAAAUAUGGCUUAGGUUAUCAAUUUUGUGACAAUAGCGUUGGCGUUUUGUUCAAUGAUAAUACUAAAGUUAUAUUGGAUGCUCCAGGAAUACAACUCCAAUACACAGAACGUAACAAUAUGGAACACUUUUAUGCUGCAGACAAAUACCCACAAGCAUUGGAAAAGAAAAUUACUUUGCUAAAAUAUUUUCGUUCUUAUAUGAAUGAACAUUUGAUAAAAACUGGUGCAAAUAUUCCAAUACGUGAAGGUGAUGAAUUGGCUCGUCUUCCUUGUUUAAAUACUUGGUUUCGAACUAAAUCUGCAAUUGUUUUGCAUUUAAGUAAUGGAACUUUGCAAAUUAACUUUUUCUAUGACCAUUCAAAAUUAAUUGUUUGUCCAUUAAUGUCUGCUGCCACAUAUAUUGACCAAGCCAAAAAUGUUUUUACAUGCAAAUUUUCUUUGUUGGAACAAUAUGGGUGUCCGAAAGAAUUGUUACAUCGACUUAAAUAUACAAAGGUAAUGGUAGAACGUUUAAUAUCCCGUAAUGCAGCGACAAAUCAUGGAGAUUUAAAAGAAGGUGGUGGUGGUCGUGAUAUUGUUAUUGUUGAAGGAAGUGGACGUGGUGGUGGAAGUAUUGGUAGUGUAGGAGGAGGAGGUACAACAACAUCAUCUCGAUUGCCAGUAAAUUUUUGA